AUGCUGGAGAAGCGCCAGUUGUGCACUUGCACUAUAUAUUCACUGCGCGCAAAAUCUCCCGGUGUGAUUGAAGAGAAUUCUGCGAAUGCGAAGAUCUCACUAUGUGAAACGGCACGUCUGUGUUGUGUGUCGCGAGUGACAUCAUCGACAUUUUCGAAAUUGCGUAUCGCCUUGGCGCUGUUCGUGAACCUUUGCUCGCCACUUUUCUUCAUGUCAGAAGAAGGGAUUGACCGUCUCGAAGGUCGAAACGACACGUUCGGAGGGUUGGUUAUUCGGAGGAACAAAUCGACUGACAAAGAUAAAAAGUCGCGCGAUGAUGGAAGGUCAGUGCUUGGACUGGACCGAUUGGCUCGUGCCAAAAAAGAAGAACAUAUCAGAAAACGGGGCGAUGAAACACCCGGUGCGGGAGUCACCGACAGUGUGCGGAGAGGCAUUCAGAAAUAUCAGUCAGAGAAAUAUCGUGACGAACGUCGUGGUCUAGCUGCUGAUAGCAGGAAACGGGAUAGGGACAGAGAUAGAGAUCGUGAUAGAGACAGGAAUAGUCGAGAUGACGAGAGAGGCUCAAAAAGUCGACGGGAUGACCGAUAUCGCUCUGAGAGAAGAGAUCGCGAUGACAGGAGAAGUCGAAAAGAGUUUGAGACACCAGAUUUCAAGAUCCCAUUCACACCAUCACGGUACGGAUGGACUGAUGAUGAUGGACCGGCUCAAAAAACAGCAUGGGACACACCUUCGCCUCGUACCGUCUCGUCAUCUCGUCGAGGAGAUUCGGAGCGAAGUGUAUCAAGCAUUUGGCGGAGUGAGCGGCGGCAUCGUGAAGAGGAGCGGCAGAGAAAGCAUGGUGUUGAUGAUUCUGUUCGUUCCGUCAAAGAAGAAGGCUUUGAACCAAUGUUUUAUGAUGCCGAAGAGAAAGCGCAAUGGGAGGCUGAACAAAAAAUUAUCGAACGAGAGUGGUAUGACAACGACGGUGGCGUUUACGACGAGGAGUAUAAUCCAUUUGCUAAGGUUAGCGAAGAGUUUGUAGAAAAGCGAGAAAAGCAAUGGCAAGAAAAGACGACUGGACCACGUCUCACUCUGAAACAACAAUCAAUAAAGCGUGAAAAUGAACUUUGGGAAAACAAUCGUCUACACAGAUCAGGAGUUGUUGCUCUGACUGAUGAAUUAUCCAGUGUCUUUGAUGACGAAACGGAUGAGAAUCGUGUGCAUCUGCUUGUCCACAACAUCGUACCUCCAUUCCUCGAUGGCAGAAUCGUUUUCACCCGGCAAUCGAAACCAGUCAUACCGGUAGUGGAUACAACAUGCGAUAUGGCUGUAGCUGCAGCUCGCGGAAGUAAAGUUGUCAGGCAGUUUCGAGAAUCGGAAGAGAGGAAGAAGGCUCAAGAGAAGCACUGGGAGCUUGCUGGAAGCAAACUCGGCAAUCUGAUGGGCGUGAAGCAGAAGCCAGAUGAAACUGCUGAAGACGAUGACGAUGCAAAUGAUUACAAGGGAUCUCAUCAGUUUGCAACGCACAUCAGUGAAAAAUCGGAGGCUGUGUCAGAUUUUGCUAUGGAAAAAUCACUGAAGCAACAACGAGAAUACCUCCCAGUAUUCGCGUGUCGGCAAAAAAUGAUGACUGUCAUCCGGGAAAAUAACGUAGUUAUUGUUAUUGGAGAGACUGGUUCAGGAAAAACAACCCAGCUAGCUCAGUAUCUUUUAGAGGAUGGAUUUGGAGAUACGGGCAUCAUUGGAUGUACACAACCUCGUCGAGUCGCUGCUAUGAGUGUGGCGAAGCGUGUUGCUGAUGAGAUGGGUGUUGAGUUAGGACAAGAAGUUGGAUACGCAAUUCGAUUUGAAGACUGCACAUCGGAGAAGACGGUUAUCAAAUACAUGACAGAUGGUAUCCUUCUUAGAGAAUGCUUAGGCGAUGGUGAUCUAGACCAAUACAGUGCAAUCAUCAUGGACGAAGCCCACGAAAGGUCUCUGAAUACCGACGUACUGUUCGGUCUGCUUCGCGAUGUUGUGGCACGUAGAACUGAUCUGCGCCUGAUAGUUACUUCUGCUACUAUGGAUGCAGAUAAAUUUGCGAACUUCUUUGGGGGCAGUUGUCCCACUUUUACCAUCCCUGGACGUACUUUCCCAGUCGAAAUCUUCCAUGCAAGAGCACCGGUGGAAGACUACGUUGAUGCUGCUGUCAAGCAAGCGAUCACUGUUCAUCUUGGUGGAAUGGAAGGAGAUAUUUUGAUUUUCAUGCCCGGUCAAGAAGAUAUUGAGGUUACUUGCGAGCUCAUGAGAACUCGGCUAGGUGAGCUGGAUGAAGCGCCUCCGCUUGCUGUGCUUCCCAUAUACUCGCAGCUGCCUAGUGAUCUACAGGCGAAGAUAUUCCAUCGUGCACCAGGAGGAAUGCGAAAAUGCAUAGUUGCCACGAAUAUCGCUGAGACUUCUUUGACCGUAGAUGGAAUUUUGUUUGUCAUAGACCCAGGUUUCUGCAAAAUGAAAGUGUACAAUCCGAGGAUUGGUAUGGAUGCACUUCAGAUCUUUCCUGUCUCGCAAGCCUCUGCAAACCAGAGAUCGGGUCGUGCCGGUCGUACAGGACCUGGUCAGUGCUUCCGUUUGUACACAGAACGGCAGUUCAAGGAGGAAAUGCUUGUCUCAACAGUCCCUGAAAUCCAGCGUACAAAUCUCUCAAAUGUGGUUUUGCUGCUGAAAUCUCUUGGUGUUGAUGAUCUUCUCAAGUUUCACUUUAUGGACGCACCACCACAAGAUAACAUGCUGAAUUCCAUGUACCAGCUCUGGACUUUGGGAGCACUUGAUAACACUGGACGUCUCACUGAUUUGGGAAGGACAAUGGUCGAAUUUCCACUAGAUCCCACCUUAUCAAAAAUGCUGAUUGUUUCGGAGGGAAUGGGCUGCAGUGAAGAGGUACUUACAAUCGUCUCUAUGCUGUCUGUGCCUGCAAUAUUCUUCCGACCGAAGGGUAGGGAAGAUGAAGCUGAUGCCAAAAAGGAGAAGUUCCAAGUGCCCGAAUCCGAUCACUUGACGUUUUUGAAUGUUUACCUGCAGUGGCGUCAGCACAAAUAUUCGGCCAAGUGGUGUGCUGAUAAUUACAUCCAUGCAAAGGCCAUCAAAAAGGUGCGGGAAGUACGUGCGCAGUUGAAAGAGAUUAUGCAAGACCAAAAGAUCAAAAUCAUUUCCACCGGAAGCGACUGGGAUGUGAUUCGAAAGUGUAUCUGCUCUGCUUAUUUCCAUAAUGCUGGAAGGCUGAAGGGAAUCGGCGAGUAUGUGAACGUUCGAACUGGCAUCCCAUGUUUCUUACAUCCGACGUCCGCUCUCUUCGGGAUGGGUUUCAUGCCCGACUAUGUGGUCUACCACGAACUCAUCAUGACAGCGAAAGAAUACAUGCAAUGCGUUACUGCUGUCGAUGCAGUUUGGUUAGCUGAACUUGGCCCCAUGUUCUAUUCAGUAAAGGAGUCGAAAACUUCUCGAUCUGAAAAACGAAUGGAAAGUGUAAGAACAGCCGAGAGUAUGGAAGAAGAGAUGAGAGAAGCCCAGAAGGAAAUGCAGCGGCGAAAGGAGGAGUCGGAGAGGGCAUUCAAACGACCAGAAAGCGUGCGGAUAGUUGACGUUGGCCGCUCUGUUCGCAGUAAACAUUGGGGAAUGUGA